AUGGCUUACGGACAGAAAAAGAAGCGGCGCCAAGCCGAGGAGAUUCCGGAGCAGACGUCGUCGAUGUGGUAUCUGCUUUGUAUCUGCGUCAUUGCAGCGGCGGGCAUAUCUGUAGGGGCGAUGAUUCUGAGCACCUGGCGGAAUGCAGCACCCAUUCAGUAUCGAUACGUGUUCCGCAGCAAGGAGAAAACGCUGUCCGUCAGUGAGACAUCUUACGGGCUCUACAACAUCGUGUAUGAUGGCGGUAGUGCGUACAUCACGUGGACGCAGCGCGUGGCUGACGUCACGACGAGAGGAAAAGUGGCUAUUCAAAUCGGUCAGCAGUCUACGCAGUCGAACGCGCAGUUCCAGGCGUGGGCGACCCAGUGUCCGCCUCAGUGUCAGGACGCCAUCAGCACGCGAAUGUCCUGCUACAAGCGAAUUAGCACCAUUUCCACGAUUCUGUUGGGCGCGCUGUCCGUGGGCGGAGCCCUCGGGCUGAUUGGAGUCGGGUGGUUUUUUAUUUUUGGGAAACUUGCGUACCUCCAAAUGGGCUGUUGGUUCUUAGCUGGAGCUGUGUGCUACGGUUGUCUGGGGUACUGGAUUUGGGAGACGGACACCUGUUGGCGAAUGAUUAUUGCGGGGCAGCAGAUCCCCUACCCUGCAGUCGGCUUGCCGUGGUACCUCACGCUUAUUAGCAGCGGGUUGUACGUCGUCGCUGGCAUAGGGGCCUUCUUCGCAGAGACGAUUGACUCUUACAACGAGAAGAAGCUGAAGCAACAGGCGCAGAUGCGGCUCAUGAUGGAGGCGGGUGACGCAUUCGACAACUUCAUGCCGCCGGGGAUGGCUCCAGGCAUGGGCGCACCAGGCAUGAUGGGGGGUCCGAGACCCCCGGGCAUGAUGAUGGGCCCGGGCAUGGCCAUGAUGGGGGCACCGGGUAUACGGGGGCCUAGAGGCCCCGGGCCAAUGAUGGGCGCUGGCAUGGGAAUGAUGCCUGGCAUGGGGGCAGGAAUGAUGGGGGCUCCGGGCAUGCCGAUGGCGGCUGGGUUCGGUCCACGUCCAAGCAUGGGCGCCCGACCAAGCUUCGGGCCACGCGCGAGUUUUGGAGGCCCCAGAUUUAGGUGA